AGUCUCUCUCUGGGCCUCAAGAUCAGUAGAAUCGAACAAGACUUGUUCGUUUCUUCCCGAGAAAGUUAGGACCGAGUAGCAGGAUGACUACUCCAGCCAGGCGACGCCUGAUGAGGGACUUCAAGCGUUUGCAGACUGAUCCUCCUACUGGCAUCAGUGGAGCUCCAUCCGUUGAGAACAUCAUGCAGUGGUCUGCAGUGAUCUUUGGGCCCGACGACACUCCAUGGGAGGGAGGAACCUUCAAGCUUACUCUGACCUUCACCGAGGACUAUCCCAACAAAGCUCCUGUCGUCAAGUUCGUUACCAAGAUGUUUCACCCCAACAUAUACGCCGACGGCGCCAUCUGCCUUGACAUCCUGCAGAACCAGUGGAGCCCGAUCUAUGACAUCUCUGCCAUUCUCACAUCCAUCCAGUCCCUCCUCACUGACCCGAACCCUCAGUCCCCUGCCAACUCCGAGGCCUCCAAGUUGUACGUAGAGAACAAGGGAGAGUACAACCGGCGUGUGAAAGCCAUCGUAGAGGAGAGCUGGAAGGCAUGAUGGGAGCAGAGACUCUGUGAUGCGAUGAUUUGUAAUUUGAAGCUUGUCAGAUUUGUUCAUAAAGACAUUUGAAUCUU